AUGGGUUUGGUUAAAGGGGUAGUUGUUGGUUCUAAUGGUACGAAGAUAACCCACUUGCAAUUUGCUGAUGACACAAUAUUGUUAUGUGAAGCUGACUGGGAAGCGGUAGUCACCAUAAAAAGGAUCUUAAGAUGUUUUGAAAUUUUGUCCGGGCUCAAGAUUAACUACCACAAGAGUGUAGUCAGUGGGGUUGGGAUUAAUGAAGAGUCUCUUAAAGACUUUGCUGCUAAACUGAAUUGUUUGCAUAAAAAAUUGCCACUCAAAUAUUUGGGUUUACCUCUGGGAGCUAAUCCAAGGAGAAGAAGGACUUGGCAACCAGUGCUUGACAAAUGUAAACAAAGAUUGGCUUCUUGGAAAAGGAGAUUCCUUUCAUUUGCAGAUAAUGCACUUUGGAAACAAGUGAUAUGCUGCAAAUACCCUAAGGUUGGUAGAGGUUGGUGGUCUUUACCUGUCGAAAAUUACAAGCUGUCCAUGAUCUGGAGAGAUAUUAUGGGUGUUGCUGGCUUGUGUUCUCAGCUGGUGAAUUUUUUCAAGCAAAACAUUGUGCUGGACAUUGGUGAUGGAAGCAGAACAAUGUUCUGGACAGACACUUGGAUUGGGAAUAUUUGUUUAAAAGAUGAAUUUCCUAGACUUUUCUUUGUGUCUCUGGACAAAUCUGAGUCUGUGGCGGGUGUGAGGAAUAAGGGUAUUAGUUUUCAAGAAUGGAAGCUUAAUUUUAGAAGAGCCUUGUUUCAGUGGGAAAUGAAGGAGUUGGGGAGGCUGAAUUUGUUAUUGCUUAAUGCUCCAGUGCUUAGGUUUGGUAGGAUGGACAGUAUCAGAUGGAAGGCAAAUAAAUUUGGGUUCUACACUGUUGACUCUGCUUAUAGCUGGAAUGUUUUACCUUCUAAGGUUAUUAGCACAGUAACUGGGUUCAUUUUGAAGAAUGUGGCUCCACUAAGGGUUCAAUUUUUUGGAUGGUUAUCAUGGAAAGGGAGGAUUAAGACAUCCUGUUUUCUUCAAAGGCUUGGUGUUCUCAGUAGAGGGUCUAAUGUGAAUUGUAUCUUCUGUAAUAAUGAUUGGGAAUCUGUUAACCAUGUGCUGCUGUUUUGCCCAUUUACCUGGAGAAUUUGGAUUGCGUUAUGGUUCAGAUCUUCUUCCCCCUCUUUUAAUUUCUUUGUAAAUGAUAUAGUGUAUAACUUGCAGCAAGUGAGAGUAGGAUCUGCCACUGCUAAGCUGCUAUCAGUGCAUGCUGUUGCUGUUUUGGAUUUUGUGACAGAAGCAGUGGAGAUCUUGGAGUUAGAAUCUGCAGCUCUUGGUGCUGUUGACGUGGUGCUGGUUUGGUACGACAAUUGUUACUG